CAUUUUGAACAAGUUUUUCUAGAGAUACAUCAGCGGAUGGGUCAAGUUUUAAUAAGAAAAAGACUACACGAAUCAAGCCAAGAAUUUACUGAUCUUGACAAACUUCCACCCGAAGUUGCCAUCGGUAUUUUAUCUCAUUUGAACGCAACCGAUCUCUGUUUGGCGGGAUGCGUUUGGCAACAUUUAGCCAACGACCAAAUUCUAUGGAAAGGAGUUUGUAGAUCGGAGUUUGGAUUUAGUCCAACAGGAGAUCUAAAAGCAUCAGAAUAUAAAAGAAUUUUCCUGCAAUUAGACGAAGCAACAUUGACUUUCAAUGCAAAUCCAGAAAAUGGUAUUAACUACCUACUUCGUUAUGGUUUGAUUGAAAACGUUCCGAGUCAAAUAGCCGAAUUUCUCUAUAGAAAUAGAAAAAUUCACUGGAGAAGAAGAAGAGAUUAUCUACAAAAACGACCUGACGUUCUACAGGAGAUAAUAGGCUUAGAAAAUUUUAAAAAUUUAUUUCUUCCUAAUGCUCUACGAAAGUUUUUCGCUAAGAAUAGACCUACGAAUGACAGAGGCGAAUAUCUACACCUGUUAAUCGAUGCUUUUUCCAAGAGAUUUUCCACCUGCAAUCCUAAUUUGAACAUAAAUCCAGAAGCAAUAUACGUUAUAUGCUUUUCACUCAUACUACUAUCUGUCGAUUUGUCAAGCCCUCACAUCAGGAAUAAAAUGUCUAAAAGAGAAUUCAUCAAAAAUACCAAGAGAGCCGCAAGUAUAGAUGAGGAAUUUUGUGGACAUCUAUACGAUAAUAUAUAUCUCGUUGGUCAUGUUGCUCCAACCGAUCUCUGAUUGCCUAUUAAUAGUAUUUUUUUUUUAACGGUGCCAUCUUUUUUGUUGCUUCUUUGAAAGGCAAUUUAUUUUUCAUCCUUCUCCCUUACCCUCUUCCUUCUUCCUAUUCCGCUUUGUUUUUUCUACAUUUUGAAUACAAACUCAUUCGAAUACUUUUUUAACUUUUUGUGAUAUUAAUUCAUAAUUCAUUCUACACUAAUAUGACUAAUUAUCAUGUGUUACAAUAUAAAUUAAAAUAAAUUAAUACUCAG